CGCGUCGCACUUUACGCGCAGCACUCCACCCCGUCGCGUCCACCAUGGGGCUGAAUUUGGCGUCCCCGCGAAUAUUUGAGCGCCUGCUCGCUCCAGAGAGCUGCGUUUCCUGGAAUCUCUCUCCCUCACAACCACCAAUUGUCUCGAAAACGCAUCCAAUUUCGAUACUGUGGCCCAUUCUAUACAUUUGAUAGAAGCAAUUGAUCGAUUCUUUCUGGACAUAUACAUUCAACCGUUAAAAGCCCAGACAUCUAUCUAUCUCAUCGAAUCACACGUCUUCCAAACCACCUCCAUCGUCACAAUCGUUACUGCCACCACCACCAAAACCAUGGCCAUCCUCAAGCGCAAGCGAUCUGAGUCGGAGCUCUCGUUCAGCAGCCAGCUCUCGUCACCACCACGCCCCAACGACUCGUUCUUCUGCCAAACCGCAGGAGUCAACCUCUUCCCCUCGGCACGCUCCCCAGCCUCCUCCAAUUCCUGUGGUCGGACCAUGAAGCGCUUCCGGGACAACCGACCUUCAGAAGAUGAGAUCCACCGCAACACCCUGGACCUCCUGUACUCGGCCCAGCGUCAGAGCCCCCAGCCAGAGUCGCCCCUGCCGACCCAGUGCCAGUCAAGACAGCAACCAUCCGCCGCCUCCACCGCCGCCUCCCGCCAGACCUCCCUACACAGCUUCUGGAAGCUCCCCAAGCAGAGCCAGGCCGCACAAGCACUGCCGCCAACGUCGCCACAAACCAUCCCCAGCGACUGCGCUACUGGCUGCGAGGACUGCGGAAGGGAGCUGCGGGCCGAUGACAGCGAUGCUAUGGAGAUUGAUGGUGACGCUCGCUGCGGCUGCAGCAGCUGCGGGAAGACGGUCUGCUUCUCCUGCUCCGUGAGCAACCUCGGCGCCAACCGGGAAUGUCUGGCCUGCGCUGGGCGGGCUGCUGGCCCGAGUCGCUGGGGCAACGGCCUGCAUUUUGGUUAAGAUGAAAAGUGCUCGAAUAUCUCCACUAUCGUAAUGUUUGUGCUUAUUAUUUGUUGCUAUUUGCUAGCUUGGGCGUUAUGUGUAUAGUUGUAUCAUGAGUGUCAGCAUAUUACCAAAAGCGUGUUCUGCGAGUGUUUUGGCCUACUUUUGUUUCUGGAAUUCUAGAGCAUCGGGCGUGUGUACUUUUGGGAAGUCAAGUCCCAUAUCAAUGGCGCAAGCAAAUACCCUAUCCCCGUAUCACUACGGAAAUACCAAUAUUACUAGUAAUCAUGGUUUCUGGUUGCCAGGAG